AUGCUGGGUAGUGCUCUACAGCACCCUGUUGAGACUGAUGGCGGAGAUGCAGGGGGUGAGGAACAGGAUUCCUACUGGCCUAGCAGUCCUCAUCGAGAGUGGCAGGGUGGUGGGCAGACCCGUGAUGAAACAGGCGAUGAUAAUGAGUAUAGGCCUACUGUAGCGGAGGUCGAGGCGGCGGCGGCAGAGGACUCUGCAGCGGGGGCAGGAGGGGACGCGGAUGUGGAGGAGGAGGUGCAAGAGCAGGAGGAGGAGGGUGCUGGCCGCAAUGCCAGGGAACAUGGAGGGGAUAAUGGACGGGGAGGAAGGGGUCGAGGGGGUCGUGGGGGGGGACGGGUUGGUCGCGGGCAGGGUCGGUCUUCUGCGCGUGCGCAGGCCAUAGGCAAUGCAGGGGGGCGCAGUGGGGGGUAUGCUAGCGGCCCCCCAGUAGAUGGACGAGGUGGGGGGAGGGUUGGGAGGGUUGCGCAUAGUGCUGCAAGGGCUGGGCGCGGUGGCAGUGGUGGUGGGAGAGUGGCCGAGGCUGCGCCCGAUCCAGGGCCAGGGAAUGCACCCACUCAACGGUCCGAUGGUGUUGGGUCUACGCCGUUGCAUGCUGGUGGCAUCAGUCGGGGUGGUGGGACAGCGGGGAGUUGUGGGCAGUUUCCUUGGGGCGGCUAUGGCGUGUCGGGCGAUGGGCCAACAGUGCCCAACCCGCACGGUGGUGCAUGGGAGCACGCGGCUGCCUGGCCGAACAUCCCAGCUGCUGCAGCCGCAGGGGGCAGUGGCGCAGGGGGGGGAGGGAGUGGGAGUCAUAGUGGUGUUGACAUGCGCGCGUUCAUGACUCCAAGGGUGUCGCAGGACGAGCUACGCAGUGCUCUCGUGGAGUUGUUUGUUGAUGCGGAUCUUCCGUUUCGUCUUAUCGACCGAGCUUUGUUCCGUCGCUUUGUCGCCUUGCUCAAUCCAUCGGCCAAGGAUUUGCUGGGGUCACGUUACCGUUUGGCACGGGACAUGCAAGCAUUCAGUGAGGUGGCUCGAGAGGAGCUGAGGCAGGAGAUCUUUGGCGACGGUCUCGCGGGGAGGGUGUCCCUUAGCUUGGACAUCUGGACCAGUGAGAACCAUACAGCUUUCAUGUGUGUGACCGUCCACUGGAUCACUAGUGACUUCAGGCUACGUUCGGGGAUUUUGGAUUUCGUGCAGUUGGAGGGUUCGCACACAGGGUCUCUCAUAGCACAGACCCUCGAGCGCAUCUUGACCGAGGGUGGCCUGCAGGAUGUAGUGUUUGCUGUGACGACGGACAAUGCGGAGAACAACAACAAGGCGAUGCGCCUUCUGUCGGGGGACCCAGCAGAGGGGCCAGGGGCCUGGACAGCUAAUCCACUGCUCGACAUUGCGCGUCACGUUCGCUGUCUUGCACAUAUCAUGAACAUUGCAGUGCAGGAGGCAUUGAAGUUGGACGAUGUGAAGGAGGCGUUGAAACGCCUACGGGAUGCGUGUUCGUACAUUGGAUGGUCGGUCCAGCGGUCAGAGGCUUUUGCCAGUCUGCAGCGCAGGUUGGCAGGCAGAGACAACGCGAAGGUGCUACGUCUGAUCUCCGACUCGCCUACACGUUGGGGCUCCACUUACAAGAUGAUCUGCCGUGCCUUGGAGCUGCAGCAGGCACUGACGGUGUUUUCUAGCCGGACUGACGUGAGUGAUAGGCUCCGGCUACGCGAGCAGCUCGACAAAAUACGUCUCAGUGACGUCCACUGGGACGCGCUUGUCGAGCUGAAGAACUUUCUUCAGCCCUUCCACUCGAUCACCAAGGUAGCUGAGGCUUCCUUGUACCCGACAGCUGCAGCGGUGGUGCCGCUGUACAACCAACUGCUGGACAACAUGGAAAUCACCUACCGCGAGCCAGCCGUCUCACCCCUGACACAGGCCCUCAUCACCAAAGCCCUCGGCAAGCUGAAGAAGUACCCGUACGGCACCAAGGAAGAGUUGGCGAUUGCCACCUUCCUUGACCCCCGUUACAAGAUCAUCUUCUUCCAGAUGCCCUAG